AUGGAUUACGAAGCUUUCCAAGCGUCGCACAAGCCUCAACUUCAAUCUUCGGGAGUGCCGGAACACUUAUGGCCCGAGCUGUACCGUAAGCUAGCCGACCAAGUGUUUGAUGCGGGUCUGUCCUUCUCUCUGCUUGCGGUAGAUUACGGAGAUGAACCUAGAACACUGGAAGAUCCCGUGUGGACGCUGCAGGUAUCCAAGGAAGGAGGACUGAAAGCGAGUGAUCCGACCGAAAUCUAUCUGAUCGACCAUGCGUGGACAUUCCGUACGGACAAUGCGCGUCAGUUGUUGAACGCUCAUCCGGAGCUGGUGUGCCGUUUGGCGGUUAUGAUGGGACUGCAGCAGGAUGAUGAUGUACCACCGAAUGCGUACAUCCCGCGCAUCCUUCAGGACAUGUGGCGCUGGUGCAAUACGUACUCGCUGAACGCGGACGGUCUGUCGGUGGAAAACCGAAUGCCGAUCUGGUACGUAAUGGAUGAGGUGGGCAGUGCGAUACUGCACGGUGAUUCACCCAACUGCCGAGUCGUACCGUUCAUGCACAUCCCGGAAGGUGUCACGUACAGUUUGCUCUUCCCAACGGAGGACCUCGACGAGGGUGACAAUCUGUACCGAGAUUUCGUCGAAAGUGUACCAACCGAUUCGAAGGAGCGGGAUGCACUAUUACUUCCGUGGCGGUACGAAUCGUUCGUGAAGGAAGAUUUCUCCCAAUCGGAACCGGCGAAGGAGUACUUUCUGGUUGGGCACAUUGAAGAGUCACUCCCGGAUCCGGACGUGGCACCACCGCUCAUUGAUGGUAACAGACCGCUGAAGGUGUACUCGCAAUACGAAUUCGUCAACCAAUACCUCACGGACGCGUCGUACGAAAUUGUAACCGAUCCGGCCGAUGCGGACAUACUCUGGAUGACGAGCCACUUCAAAGAGUUCCGCGAGCUAAGCGAAAACAAUCCGAACAAAUUCGUGAACCAGUUCCCCUUCGAGAAUGUGAUGACGAUCAAGGAUUUGCUGAGCAUCGUUUGUCGUAGAAUGGCCGAAAAAUUGGCAUCGGCGAGUGGCGAAGAGCCAUCCCUAGCGCCAAACCCUCGGUGGCUUCCGAUAACGUACAAUCUGAAGACGGAGUUGGUCCCGUUCGUAAGCUACUACCAGAAUCGAGCACAACGCGGCAUGGACAACCAUUGGAUUGUGAAGCCCUGGAACUUGGCCCGUACCCUCGAUACGCACAUAACGGACAAUCUUGCGCAGAUUAUGCGCUUGCAGCAAACGGGUCCCAAGAUAGCGCAGAAGUACAUCGAGCAUCCGGUGCUGUUCGAGCGUGCCGAACUGGAAGCCAGCGUUAAGUUUGACGUGCGGUACGUGUUGCUGGUGAAAAGCGUCGACGAGCUGUGUGCCUAUGUGUACACGAACUUUUUCCUUCGCUUCGCCAACAAACCCUUCCAGAUGGACGAUUUCGAUGACUACGAGAAACACUUCACCGUCAUGAAUUAUGGUCAGUUUCAGUUGCGCCAUAUGAAGUGUGACGAGUUCGUGCAGUGUUGGCAGACACAGUACCCGGCCCAUCCCUGGGACCAGAUCGAAACGGACAUUUGUGAGAUGCUGAAGGAGAUGUUGCAAGGCGCUACUCGAUUGGGACCACCGUGUGGCAUUGGACCGAAUGCCCAAUCGCGAGCACUUUAUGCGGUGGAUUUAAUGCUCGAGUGGACGGAGGCUGGGACCAAAAUACAGCCGAAGUUGUUGGAGGUGAACUUUACGCCCGACUGCAAACGGGCAUGCGAAUACUAUCCGGACUUCUACAACGAUGUGUUCAACUUGCUGUUUCUGGAUCAGGAAAAUUUGGACGUCUUCAGGCGAAUUGUAUAG